UUGUUACAAUGAGUAAAAAACCACGGUCCCGUAGCGCCACGGCUCGUGCGACUAGGAACACGUUCGAGCUUGUUACUGUCACUGCUCAGCGAAAUGAGGUUAACGCAGACGUGUUUAUUUCGUAGUUACAUAAAAAAAUCAUUUUUGCUGUGCCAAAGUAAGAUUUUUUGCCUAGAUUUGAAGUCUCAUCUUGGCUAGACUGUUAAAGGUUCAUCAUGGUUAGAAAUUAUAAAAAGAAAACGGACAGAGGUGCAAUACCUGAAACUACCUAUGAGAUGGCCGCAAAUGACGUCAUCAAUGGAAAAUUUUCUUUAAGAAAAGCAGCUGACUGUUAUAAAAUUAAUUUUAUGACGCUGCGACGAUAUAUGAAGCGAAAAGAGGAAGCUAGUCGUACAACAAAAUUGGUAGGAUAUACUAAACCCAGGCAAAUAUUCUCGGAUGAACAGGAACAGGAACUGACAUUAUACAUACAGAAAUGCUCUAAAAUAUUUUAUGGCUUGACUACAACUGAUGCCAAAACACUGGCAUAUGAAUAUUGCUGUGUUAACAAUAUCCAAAUUCCUGACAAGUGGAAAAUUAAAAGCAGUGCUACCAAAGAUUGGUUGAAAGGUUUCAUGAAUCGAAAUCCAAUUUUAUCCCUACGCACACCUGAAGCAACCAGCUUGAGUAGAGCCACGAGCUUUAAUAAACAUAAUGUGGGCGAGUUUUUUGACAACCUCGCUAAUGUAUAUGAGAGAUUUCAUUUUGAGUGUCAGGACGUAUGGAAUGUCGACGAAACGGGAGUUACGACUGUUCAGAAGCCAGGAAAAAUUCUUGCCACUAAAGGAGAGAAGCAAAUUGGAGCCGUUACUUCUGCGGAGAGGGGAACGCUGGUGACGAUGAUUUUGGCAGUUAGUGCUAGUGGAAAUUCAGUUCCGCCACUUUUCAUAUUUCCACGUAAAUAUUUCAAGCCACAUUUUAUAGCAGACGGUCCGCCAGGGUGUAUCGGAACCGCAAAUCCAAGCGGAUGGGUAAAUGAUGAGGCAUUUUUACUUUUCAUAACACACUUCGUGAAACACGUAAAAUGCACUCCAGAAAAACCAAUUCUUCUUCUCCUCGACAAUCAUGCAACACAUCUUUCAAUUGCAGUCAUAAAGUAUUCAAAAGACAAUGGCAUAAUUCUGCUUUCGUUUCCUCCACACACAUCACAUAAACUGCAGCCUCUAGAUAGGUCAGUUUAUGGUCCUUUCAAACGAUAUGUGAACAAUGCUACAGAUGGAUGGAUGAAAAGCAAUCCUGGGAUAACAAUGGGAAUCUACAACAUACCUACUAUUGUCAAACAAGCUUUGCCGCUCGCUGUAACACCUAAAAACAUAAUGUCGGGCUUCCAAGUCUCCGGCAUUUGGCCAUUUAACCGUGACAUAUUCGGCGAUGAAGAUUUUUUACCAUCUGCGGUUACAGAUCGCCCCAUACCCCAACCGUUAGAAAGUAAUUUAAUUGAAACAAGAGGCAACGAUGAAGAUCAAACUGAAGAGCAACAGUCUGUGCACCAACAAUGUUCUGAGUUAGAGCCCCAGCCAUCUACAAGUGGAAUCAAUAAAAGGCAUCAUAUAACACCAGAGCAGAUUCGCCCGUUUACAAAGGCAAAAGAGAGGAAAGGUCAUACAAACAGGCGUAAAUGUAAAACCGCGAUACUCACUGACACACCCAUUAAAAACCAGUUAGAACUAGAGGCAAAUAUAAGAAAUGAAAAAAAAGAGGCAAAACUACAGAAAGUAAAAAAAUCAUUAUCUUUUAAUAAAGAUAAAAAUAAAAAGACUAAAAUGGCAUCAAAAUCUAAAAAAGAGGUAGCCAAAACAUCAUCGAGUUCUGAAGACGAAUGCUUCUGUAUAAUAUGUGCUAAGAGGCUCAUAUUGCUUGCGUAAAAGGUGAUGCAGUAAAAUUUAUUUGCAUCAAUUGCGAAUCGGAAAUCAGUAGUGAAGAUAAUGAGUGAUAUCUGUCAAAGUCAAAAAACUAUAUACCAAAUAUAUAUAUAAAUGUUUUCUAAUUAAUAUUAAGAUUUUCUAUACAUUAUUUUAUCUGUAACGAUUUGCCCCAACCCUGUAACAACUUACCCCCG